AUGAGUACGGUUACUGACGAAAUGGUUAAUGAAACCUCCAAUUUACUUAAGAGAAAGAAAGACGAAGUUGUCGAGGAAAAGCUCGAAGCUGCUAUUAAAAGAGUAGCAUUAGAUGAUAUUGCGGAGAUACAAAAGAAGGAAUUAAGUGUUUCCCAUGAUGAAGUUUCCGAAACAACUGACCAAGAAGAAGAAGAAGUCACGAAUUAUGAAGAUGACUCCAAUAAAACGGACGACGAUGAUCUUGUAUUUUUAAGAUUGUUAUGUACGGUAAAACAGGCGUCACUGAUUGUAGGCCAUAGAGGUGAAACUAUUUCUCGAAUUAAAAACGAAACUUCUACUAGAAUCAAUGUUUCUGAAAAUAUCAGAGGCGUUCCAGAACGUGUCAUUUAUAUAAAGGGGAGUUGCGAGAAUGCUGCAAAGGCAUGCGGACAGAUUGCAAGAGUGAUAAGUACUACGAACGAUAAAAGCACUACUACUGCAUCUAAUGAUGGUACUGACAACGAGCCCAGUAGCGUUGUUGUCGACGAUGACAAACCUUCGAAAGUUCUUACGACAAUUAACCUCCUACUUUCUCACCACCUGAUAGGUUACAUAAUCGGCAAACACGGACUGAGGUUGAAGGAGAUUGAAGAUUUGAGUGCAGCCAAACUUUCUGCAUCUAGGGACCAAUUAGUACCUUCAAAUGAUAGAAUAUUGACAGUAACGGGUGUUCCGGAUGCCAUCCACAUUGCCACAUUCUAUAUGGGACAAACUUUACUGAAUUGUAAAGAAGUAUCAAAGAAAAAAAGAGGAAUUUUCUAUCAACCGACUCCAAUGUAUUCUGCUCUUCCCAAUUCCUCAUAUAACAGCUCCUUUGGUGGCCAACCGCAAAGAUUUUAUCAAUAUCACUCAAACAAUAAAUACAACGGGUACCGUACUAAACGAUCCGGUAGGCAGCCAGUGAUGAUGAUGUCAGUCGAAUCUCCAAUACCAAUACAACAACCUCUAAUGACUCCCGUAAUGUACACUACAGCCAAUGCAGCCAAUGCAACAUCGUUUACUCCUAGUUUUUCAAUUCCUCAUGUAAGAACUGUUGAUAACUCGUUUCCGAAUAUGUCAGUUCCAUCUUCUCAUUUGCCAUCUGUUAAAAGAGAAAUAUACAUCGACGAAAACUACGUUGGUAAUAUCAUUGGUAAAGAGGGGAAGCAUAUAAAUUCAAUUAAAGAAACGACAGGGUGUUCCAUAAUUAUUGAUGAUUCAGUUGAGGGAGCAACGGAAAGAAAACUUACAAUAAGAGGAACUGGUAUGGGGUCUCAAGCUGCCAUCAUGUUGAUAAGCAACAAAAUUGAAUUGGACAGAAUAAGUACUCAACGAAGAAACUAUAUCAAACAUGAUAUAUAG